UUUCAUAACUGCAUUCCCCUGUCUUCUAUCAGUGACUGACAUUUAAGAUCAACGUUAGUCAGAGAAAUGACUUGCAUAAAACAAGUAUUUUCUAAAAGACCUCGGUUAAAAGGCGUGAGGUUGUUCGGUGCAGCUUUCACCUCCUGCAGAUGUUUGUACACUGAGAAAGUGAGACAUGAAUCCAGCGGAAUGCCAAUAGUUCAUCACAACAAGUAUGUGUGUGAGCUGCCUCCCAAUCACAGGUUUCCAAUGGACAAGUUUCCCAGAGUGUUACACUUUCUAAUCAAAGAUCAGGUCAUUACAGAGAAACAGGUGUGGGUUCCUGAAAUUGCCUCUAAAGAUUUAUUGAGGUGUGUGCACACUGAUGAAUACUUGAACAACUUCAUUAAUGGGAAAAUAAAUGAGCAAGAACAGAGGAGGACAGGCUUCCCCUGGAGUGAAGGCAUAGUGAGACGCUGUCGAUAUGAAACAGGUGGGACAGUUCUUGCAGCUGAAGUAGCUCUGCAGAGGGGUCUGGCCUGCAGUACGGCAGGAGGAACCCAUCAUGCGUUUCCAAGCUACGGUUCAGGGUUUUGCCUCCUCAAUGACUUAGCAGUUGCAGCCAAAUACCUGAUGGAGAACUCCUCGCACAAGAGAAAGGUUCUGAUUGUGGAUCUUGAUGUGCAUCAGGGUGAUGGCACUGCUUUUAUAUUUAAAGAGGAACCAUGUGUGUUUACAUUCUCGGUGCAUUGUGGGAAAAACUUCCCACUCCGUAAACAACAGAGUGACCUCGAUAUCAGCUUGGAGGAUGGACUGGAAGACAAGGAGUACCUCUCCUCAGUUGAAGCGCACCUUCCCUGGCUGCUAGACACAUUUCAUCCAGACCUGGUUCUGUAUGAUGCCGGUGUUGACCCCCACUGGGAAGAUGAACUUGGGAGACUCCGCCUAACUGACCAAGGGCUGUAUCAGAGGGACCUGUAUGUGAUGAAGACAGUGGUGAGCAAAGGUGUUCCUGUCGCUGCUGUUAUUGGAGGAGGGUACUCAAGAGACAUAGACAAACUGGCCCUCAGGCACUCCAUCGUCCACAGGGCAGCGACUCAGGUAUGGAGGGAGUGUGGGAUGUAGAACUUUUAUUCGCUGACACGAGAUGAUCAAGAGGAUUAAGCAAAAAAUUAGGAUAUUUAUACCAACCAAUUUAUAUACUUGAAACACUACAUGAAUUAAUUUUAUCAAGGAGUUGUGAUAAAGAUAUAAGGCAAUGCAUUAUACAAUUGAAAACAGAUUCCACUCCAUCCCGUGUAUUGUUGAUUAUCUGAACAUAUUUGUAAUAAUAGAUUUCUGAAGUACCUCUUGUUCUUGUUUCUGAACUGUGAACUUUUGCAUAUAAACCAAGACUCCUGCCAUUACAGAUGUUUGUGAAAAAAACAAUGAGCCGAUAAAAUUGCUCUACAUAGGGUCCAUUUUCCGAAAUGUUGGUCCUUCUGAGACUAUUGCAUGUGAUUUUUCUGUAAUGCGGGAUGUUGUCUAAAGAAAGCAUCAGGCAUUCAACAACCUGCUGGAUACCUCAUGACAGAUACUGUAUCAGUAUUUCUAUUAAAUAUUCAGCU